UCUCAACCCGGCGCAACAACCCCAACGUCAAUUUCUUUCUUCUCUCCGUCAACCUUCUACGAAAAACGUUGAUCAGGAGCAUCACGAAGCCAUUUCCACUCCUGAUUCAGGGUUCUAUCCAUCAAAGUUCUUCAGUCAUAUCGCUUACUGUUGUUCAACUACUAGACCAGCUCACGUCGCAUCGAAACAAGGUAGUUUGAAGCAAAUUGAUAGUUUCCUUAACAAGUUCAAUCACAAUAGGAAUCAAUGGAUAGCAUUGUAGAUGCUUUGAACAAUGCGUAUCAAGAAUUUGUGGGUGCAGUAGCUAGCACACUUGAAGCCAAGGAAGCCUCGGGUGGUCAGGUUACUGUUGCCACAGAUGCUGCCCUGGAGAACCUCAAGCAGAAGUGGGAAUUGUUUCGAGUGGCCUGUGAUCAGGCUGAGGAGUUUGUAGAGUCUGUGAAACUGAGAAUAGGUUCUGAAUGCUUGGUGGAUGAGGCCACUGGCUCGGUUGCCGGGAAGCCAGGGCAAUCCGUCACACCUGGCCUUCCACCUAUUAGUGCGGUCCGAUUGGAACAGAUGAGUAAAGCUGUCCGCUGGCUAGUAAUUGAACUUCAACAAGGUUCAGGAUCUGCAGGCAACUUAUCAAUGCCCCAACACUCUUCUGCACCUUUUGAUGCUCGGUUUCAUGAAGAUUCAGCUCAAUAGGUACUUCAACAAAUGGUCACCCUUUUCUGUGUUUAUUUGUUCUCCCCAAAAUUAAAGUUUCACUUUCAACUGUUGUCUAGAUCCCAUUGUAAUUACUGUUUCCCAGAUUAUAGACCGAUACGGGUUACUUCGCCUUUUAAGGGCGACACAUACGCUUGAUAUUGCUUUCCCAGGUUAUGUAGUGUAAUGUUAUAGUUUUAAGCUCUUAACUCUAGACCAUAUUUUAUAAUUCAUAUAUUAUCGAUGCUUAUAUAUUUGCGGCGGGUUGGAUUGGG